AUGGCUGUGCUUUUUCAGCUCGAAGCUAUUCGUAAAUUCGCACCUCAUUGUCGAUAUUACAAUGCUGGUUCAUCCGAAGAGUUUGGUGAUGUUAUUACAGCCCCACAAUCUGAAGAGCAUCCGCUUCGACCACGCAGUCCCUAUGGCGCAGCAAAAGCUGCUGCUAGACAUUUGGUCAAAGUAUAUCGUGAAUCUUACAAUCUUUAUGCUAUUCAAGGAUGGCUGUUUAAUCAUGAAGGCACUCGUCGCGGCGAAGAAUUUGUUACUCGCAAAAUUACCAAAGCUGUGGCUCGCAUCAAACAAGCGAUUGAUCGAGAAGAAGCAUACAAUCUUUUAGAACUUGGAAAUAUUGAAUCUAAAAGAGAUUGGUCGGACGCUGAAGAUUUUGUGAUUGGCGUAUGGCAAAUGCUUAAUCAACAAGAACCACGCGAAUACGUUCUGUCUUCCAAUGAAACCCACACAAUCCGCGAAUUCGUUGAACUCGCAUUUGAAGCUGCUGGUAUUCAUGGCGAAUGGAAAGGUUCUAGCAUUAACGAAAUCUUUCAACAAAAAGAAACUGGCAGAGUGCUGAUGGUAAUCAAUGAAAAAUUUUAUCGCCCAGCAGAGGUUGAGCUUCUUCUUGGUGAUUCAACUAAGGCUCGCCAAGAGCUUGAAUGGGAGCCAAAAACUUCUUUCAAAAAUUUAAUUGACAAGAUGGUUUCUUCAGAUAUACUCUCUCUGGAUGGCAAAGAGUAA